CGAAGCCCCGAGAGAAACGAUGGAUUUUACCCAUAAACGAGUCUAUCAAAUUCUGUCAGCGAUUCUGGUACCGUUGACGAGGGAAACAACUGACGAAAACGAAGAGGAUGAGACGUAAUACCGUACUGUCUAUACACGCCUCGCAAAAUUAAUUAACAGGAAUCGUGACCGUGAAAAACAGUUCAUGCACGCUCUUACAAUUGGCCAUUUAUGUCUCGUCAAGUUGUCUAGUAUCUACGAACGUUAUCAUGAAAUCGGUUGCUUUUAAUAAAUCGCGAUCGGAAAAUGAUUUUUCAUCGGUGAAACUACACGAACUUGAUGAUCUGUUGCAUGGAAAACGAAUAAAAUUGUCGAAGACUUCGUUUCGAGUAAGUCGAUUAGAUGAUGUUGAAGACUGUUUGAAAGUUAAGGAGAAUGAAUCGGAAGAAGAGAAGGUGAAUUAUUUUCCGAACUGUGACGCGUCCGUGUGGAUGAGAUCCUGCGAGCAGGAAGUAAUUGAACCCAUAAUUGGCGAAAUGACAGGGAGGAUACCAAGUUGGCUCAGAGGAACGUUGUUGAGGAACGGGCCGGGUAGCUUGCAAGUGGGAAAAUAUAGUUUUAAUCACCUGUUUGAUAGUUCAGCCUUAUUACAUCGAUUCGCAAUUGCUAAUGGGAAAGUGACCUAUCAAUGCAGAUUCGUCCAAACGGACGUAUACAAAAAAAACAAUGCGGCUCAAAGGAUAGUGGUCACUGAAUUUGGCACGAAAGCAGUACCAGAUCCUUGCAAAAGUAUUUUUCAAAGAGUUGCAGCACUAUUCAAACCUGAAGAUGAUUCGGAUAAUUCUAUGAUAUCUGUAUAUCCUUUUGGUGAUGAAUAUUAUACAUUCGCGGAAACGGCAGUGAUUCAUCGUAUCGAUCCAAAAACUUUGGAAACUACAAGCAAGGUGAACGUGUCAGAUUACGUUGGAAUCGUAAACCACACAUCUCACCCUCAUAUAAUGAACGAUGGCACCGUUUAUAAUUUAGGACUGAGCGUAACACCAAGAGGACCUCUGUAUAAUAUCGUGUGCUUUUCGCCUAAUCAAUUGAUUAUUGAUGAUUCAGGAGAAGAGAAAGAAUUGUCUAUGUUCGACCAAGCCACUAUCAUCGCCAGUAUUCCGUCUCGAUGGUUCUUGAACCCUUCUUACAUGCACACAUUUGGUAUCACUGAAAACUAUUUCAUCAUUGUGGAACAACCAUUAUCAGUGUCUCUAACUACCGUUGUAUCCUGUAAGAUGAGACAACAACCAAUGCAUGCAGCUUUGAAAUGGUACGAGAACGAAAAUACUCUUAUUCACGUGAUUUCAAGAGAGACAGGACUACUGGAGAGAACGUUUAUUUCAGAGGCAUUCUUUUAUCUUCAUAUCAUUAAUCAAUUCGAAACACGUGAUCGCGAUUACGUGGUACUGGAUAUUUGCUGCUAUCGCGAUGCCAAGAUGUUAGAUUGCCUAUUUGUCGACGCAAUGAAGAACUUACACAAGAAUCCUGACUAUGCCAAAAUGUUUCGAGGCAGACCUUUACGGUUCGUAUUACCAAUGAAACGUCCACAAUCGGACGUGCCAUUAGAAUAUAAUUUAAUUACCACAAAAACGGUUAACCAAGGCCUGGAAUCUUUUCAAGAUGAUUCUGUCAAACGUCAUAGUAAAUCUGGUUCAGAAUUUGUUAAAACGUCGGUGAAUGAUGACAGGGCUAACAAAGGCAAGAAGAACGAUUACAAAAAUAUUCUACAGCGAAAAGCAACCGCUCAUAAACUCGCUAACGGUGAUAUUUUCGUGAAACCCGAACUUCUUUGCGAUUUGGGCUGUGAAACGCCACGUCUUAAUUACGAGUGCUGUCUUGGAAGAGAAUAUCGUUACUUUUACGCUAUUUCUAGCGAUGUGGACUUGGAUAAUCCCGGAACGAUUAUCAAGGUGGAUAUCUUGGAAAAAACAAGGAGAACUUGGUGCGAGAAAAACGUUUAUCCGAGUGAACCGAUUUUUGUGCCAGAUCCUAAUGGAAAGAACGAAGACGAUGGUGUGGUUCUUAGUUCUAUCGUGUGGUCUGAUAAAGAGACACGCGUUGGAUUGCUGAUUCUAGACGGCGUGACUCUCACAGAAAUCGCAAGAGCCAUCUUCGACACUCCUGGCCCUGUGCCAAAAUGCUUACACGGUUGGUUUACCUUGGACAAGUAAAAUAAACUGGAACUUCUAAGAGAUCUUCUGGCUGAUGGAUAGAAAUGAAAUAUCGACUUGGAUAUUAUGUGAUAUAUAAUGUGGAUUUUUAUGCAAUUUUAUAUUUUUAUGAAGAGAAUUCAAAAAAAUUGAACUUAGAUAGAAAAUUAAUUUAUACAGCCUCUGGUUAUUGAUUUAGGAUCACCUAUUUUCGACAUUUUACAUGUUUUCAGUAAAAUUGAAAGAUUCGAACGAAAUCUAAUUACAAGUUUUAUAUUAACUAUUAAAGUAUUAGUAAAUAAUAUUAUUAUAAUAAUAUUUUAUUAUUUAUUAUUACAGAGUACAUAUGUGAGAGUGAUUAUUCGAGAGUAACGAAUAGUUAAACAUUGAAAAUGAUUCAUUUGGAUUUUUAAAACUGUAUUAUCUCGUAUUAUGAAAAGAAAUUGAAAUGAAAAUGUGUGAUAGGAUAAGGUGCUUGUAUGCUUUAACGAAAGAGAAACAAUAAUUAUUGAUACGUAUGCGUGAAUACUAUGUGUACUUUAAACUUAUAUACUGUGUAUGCAUGUGUGGACUUUAAUAGUUAAUAAAAUUUAUUAUUAAAUUGCAUUCAGAUUCUUCAGUUUUACUGAAAACUUGCAGGGUAUUGGAAAUUAUGACUGGUUUUAAUUUAAUGACCAAAAGUUGUAUAUUAAAUCUUAUAAGGAAUAUUGUAUUUUGAAUGUUUUAUAUUGCGUUUGCAUAUUACAUGCAUUAUGUGCAUUUUUGCACUUCUAAAUUUUCUAUAAAUGCAUAAAAAUUCGCAGUCUAAUUAAACUGCUGAUAUAUUUUUAUAGUAUUAUGUAUUUUUUAGUUCUUUCCCCUUUUUUGGCUCGGUUGUCGCUUCGUUAGCAGCUUCGAAAAUUAAAAAUGUUUCCUCCACAGUUAAUUUUUCGUUAAUAAGAAAAAUAUCAACAGCACAAUAUGUAUAUAAUAUAAUAAAUUAUUUAAUGUCUUCUCCCGAUUGUACAGUGUACUUAUAUUUGGCGAUUAGUGUGUCACAUAAAGCUUCAAUGACGUGUAACGUAGUAAAUUUACAAUAAAAUGGGAUGCAUCGUGA